UUUUGUCCCUGAAUCCACGUCAUCGGGUAGUAAGACAAAAUGGACGCACUCAGCCUGGUAUUGUAGCGCUCUCAUAACAUGCAUUUCAUACUAUUUAUGUUGAUAUUUGUCAUUUGAAUGUCACACUAUGAUAUUGAUGUAUCAGGGGUAGUUGCCACUGUUAGCCCAACAAUGCAGAAGGACACAGUUGAACUAGCUAGUUCACAGAAUUAGUAGCUAGCUAGCUGGCAUGUGAUGACGUUGUCAGAUUGCAACUGAUCAGUCAGCUCCUGCCGUUCAAGUUGUUUGACAUCAUGUUCACUGAACAGAAUACAAUAUUCUCUUAAUCAGGAACCCACUCUGUACACCGUGAAAGCUGUCCUCAUCCUUGACAAUGACGGGGAAAGACUUUACGCCAAGGUAACUAGCUAAUCAACAGCAAUGAAUUAACGACCAGUACCUGCCCCCACUGGCAAUGUCCUUCGCAGCAUGUCAAUAUUCAUAUAGCUACAUGAGUAGAUGCAAUGUAGCCAACACAGUUUUGUAAUUUUACAUUCAGCUGACUAUCUGGGUAACAAAUUGUCUGUGUGCUCAAACGAUUACUUAUUUUGUGACACUGUCAGUGCUUGACUUGGACUGAAAUAGGUUCUGGUACUCAUUUUGGGUGCUGAUACUGUUUAUAUUUAGGUGCAGGAGCUCCACAGUACUUUUUAGGUAAUAUUCUAUAAGAGGAACAUGAGCUCAAGCAGUGUAACAUUUGAGGUGCAAGUAUCUGCUCCGGUGAGCUCCUGCCCAAGUCAAGCACUGAACACUGUUACAGUGCCUUCAGAAAGUAUUCACACCCCUUUCCUUUUCCCACACUUUGUGUUACAGCCUGAAUUUAAAAUGGAUUCACUUGAGAUUUAAAAUGUUUUAAAGCUGCAAUGUCUUGAGUCAAGUUUUCAACCCUUCUGUUAUGGCAAGCCUAAAUACAUUCAGGAGUAAACAUUUUCUUAACAAGUCACAUAAUAAGUUAAAUGGACUCUGUGUGCAAUAAUAAUGGAUUAAAUGAUUUUUGAAUGAUUACCCUAUCUCUGUACCCAACACAUAUAAUUAUCUCUAAGGUCCCUCAGUCGAGUUGUGAAUUUCAAGCACAGAUUCAACCACAAUGACCAGGGAGGUUUUCCAAUGCCUUGCAAAGAAGUGCACCUGUUGGUAGAUGGGGGGGAAAAAAUUAAAAUCAGACACUGAAUUUCCCUUUGAGCAGUGGUGUAAAGUACUUAAGUAAAAAUGCUUUAAAGUACUACUUAAGCUGUUUUUUUGGGUAUCUGUACUUUACUAUUUAUAUUUUUGACAAUUUUUACUUUUACUUCACUACAUUCCUAAAGAAAAUAAUGUACUUGUUACUCCAUACAUUUUCCCUGACACCUAAAAGUACUUGUUACAUUUUGAAUGCUUAACAGAACAGAAAAAUUGUCAAAUUCACACACUUAUCAAGAGAACAUCAUUGGUUAUGCCUUACUGCCUCUGAUCUGGCGGACUCACUAAACACACAUGCUUCGUUUGUAAAUAAUGUCUGAGUGUGCCCCUGGCUAUCCGCAAAAAAAAUAAAAAAAAUUGAUGCAGUCUAGUUUGCUUUAGAAGGAAUUUGAAAUUAUUUACACUUUUACUUUUCAUAGUUAAGUAUAUUUUAGCAAUUACAUUUUCUUUUGUCUUCAUAUAGCUACAUGAGUAGAUGCAAUGUUACUCAAGUAGUAUUUUACUGGAUGACUUUCACUUUUACUUGAGUCAUUUUCUAUUAAGGUAUCUUUAAUUGGGUACUUUUUCCACCACUGCCUUUGAGCAUGGUGAAGUUAUUAAUUACGCUUUGGAUGGGGUAUCAAUACUCCCAGUCACUACAAAGAUACAGGUGUCCCUCCUAACUCAGUUGCUGGAAAAGAAUGAAACUGCUCUGGGAUUUCACCAUGAGGCCAAUGGUGAUUUAAAAAAACGGUUAGAGUUUAAUGGUUGUGAUAGAACUGAGGAUGGAUCAACAACAUUGUAGUUACUCCACAAUACUAACCUAAAUGACAGAGUGAAAGGAAGGUAGUCUGUACAGAAUAAAAAUAUUCAAAAACAUGCAUUCUGUUUGCAAUAAGGCACUAAAGUAAUACUGCAAAAACUGUGGCAAAGUAAUACUGCAAAAACUGUGGCAAAGAAAUUAACUUUUUGUCCUGAAUACAAAGCAUUAUGUUUGGGGCAAAUCCAACACAUCACUGAGUACCACUCUUCAUAUUUUCAAGCAUGGUGAUGGCUGCAUCAUGUUAUGGAUAUGCUCGUCAUCAGCAAGGACUAGGACAUUUUUGUAGGAUAAGAAGAAACGGAAUAGAGCUAAGCACAGGCAAAAUCCUAGAGGAAAACCUGGUUCAGUCUGCUUUCCAUAGACACUGGGAGACAUAUUCACCUUUCAGCAGGACAGUAACCUAAAACACUGGAGUUGCUUACCAAGAUGACAUUGAAUGUUCCUGAGUGGCCUAGUUUCAGUUGACUUAAAUCAGCUUGAAAAUCUAUGGCAAGACUUGAAAAUGGCUGUCUAGCAAUGAUCAACAGCCAACUUGACAGAGCUUAAGAGUUAAAAAUAAUAAUAAUGGGCAAAUAUUGUACAAUCCAGGUGUGCAAAGCUCUUAGAGAUUUACCCCAAAAUACUCACAGCUGUAAUCUCUGCCAAAGGGUAUUCUACAUGUAUUGACUCAGGGGGGUUGAAUACUGAUCUAAUCAAAAUAUGAUUGUUUAUUUUUCAUUUUAAAAAUCCCCAACAACAAAUACAUCCCAAUUUGUAACACAACAAAAUGUGGAAUGAGUCAAGGGUGUAAAUACUUUCUGAAGGCACUGUAUGUGAUCUCUAUUUGACUUCUGCCCCACAGUACUAUGAUGAAACAUAUCCAACUGUGAAAGAGCAGAAAGCGUUUGAGAAGAACAUCUUCAACAAAACACACCGCACAGACAGUAAGAUGUUUUCAAACUAAUGAAUCGUAUGCACUUCAAUUUACAGUAUUGUCACAGGCUUCAAUACUUGCUAUUUCAUCUCUUGCCAAAAGCUUUGAGUGCUGAUCUGUUUUCAAUUGCAUGAAGGCUUCUGUGUAUAACUGGUAUAAUGAAGAUAUUGUAUCAUAGACUGAACUCUCUCUGCUUCUUUACCCAGGUGAGAUAGCGCUACUAGAAGGUCUUACCGUUGUCUACAAAAGCAACAUUGACCUCUACUUUUAUGUUAUUGGCAGUUCACAUGAAAAUGAGGUAGGCUGAUGGUGGUAUACUAACAAAACACAAUGAAACAUUGCAUAUGUUGUGAUGUUUCUCACACAAUACACUGAUACGUUUUGCUAUUUGCUCCCCCAGUUGAUGCUUAUGUCAGUGCUUAACUGUCUGUUUGACUCGCUCAGCCAGAUGCUAAGGUAAGACUGCACUUUAUUUACACUGAACAAAAAUAUAAACGUAACAUGCAACAAUUUCAAAGAUUUUACUGUUACAUACAGUUCAUAUAAGGAAAUCAGUCAAUUUAAAUAAAUUCAUUAGGCCCUAAUCUAUGGAUUUCACAUGACUGACCUUAAAAAAUAAAUAAAUGUAGGGGCGUGGAUCAGAAAACCAGUCAGUAUCUGGUAUGACCACCAUUUGCCUCAUUCAACGCGACACAUCUCCUUCGCAUAGAGUUGAUCAGGCUGUUGAUUAUGGCCUGUGGAAUGUUGUCCUACUCCUCUUCAAUGGAUGUGCGAAGUUGCUGGAUAUUGGCGGGAACUGGAACACACGGUCUUACAUGUCGAUCCAGAGCAUCCCAAACAUGCUCAAUGGGUGACAUGUCUGGUGAGUAUGCAGGCCAUGGAAGAACUGGUACAUUUUCAGCUUCCAGGAAUUGUGUACAGAUCCUUGCGACAUGGGCCUGUGCAUUUUCAUGCUGAAACAUGAGGUGAUGGCGGCGGAUGAAUGCCACGACAAUGGGCCUCAGAAUCUCAUCAUGCCAUCGAUAAAAUGCAAUUGUGUUCGUUGUCCGUAGCUUAUGUCUGCCCAUACCAUAACCCCACCUCCACCAUGGGGUGCUCGCCCACAUGACGCCAUACACACUGUCUGCCAUCUGCCCAGUACAGUUGAAACUGGGAUUCAUCCGUGAAGAGCACACCAGCGUGCCAGUGGCCAUCGAAGGUGAGCAUUUGCCCACUGAAUUCAGUUAUGACGCCGAACUGCAGUCAGGUCAAGACCCUGGUGAGGACGACAAGCACGCAGAUGAGCUUCCCUGAGAUGGUUUCUGACAGUUUGUGUAGAGAUUCUUCGGUUGUGCAAACCCAGAGUUUCAUCAGCUGUCCGGGUGGCUGGUCUCGGACGAUACCACAGGUGAGGAAGCCGGAUGUGGAGGUCCUGAGCUAGCGUGGUUACACGUAGUCUGCGGUUGUGAGGCCGGUUGGACGUACUGCCAAAUUCUCUAAAACGACGUUGGAGGCGACUUAUAGUAAAGAAAUUAACCUGCAGUCAGCAUGCGAAUUGCACUCUCGAAACUUGAGAGAUCUGUGGCAUUGUGUUGUGUGACAAAACUGCACAUUUUAGAGUUUCCUUUUAUUGUCCCCAGCACAAGGUGCACCUGUGUAAUUAUCAUGCUGUUUAAUCAGCUUCUUGAUAUGCCACACCUGUCAAGUGGAUGGAUUAUGUUGGCAAAGGAGAAAUGCUCACUAACAUGGAUGUAAACAAAUUUGUGCACAAAAUGUGAGCGAAAUAAGCUUUUUGUGCGUACAUUUUUGCAAUCUUUUAUUUCAGCUCAUGAAACUUGGGACCAACACUUUACAUAUUGUGUUUAUAUUUUUGCUCAUUGUAGUUGUCGUACAGGUUGGACUAUGCUGUAAGCAACUGAAUGAGACAUUUGUAACACUGUUUGUUAGUUUCCAUAGAGAGGUCAUGAUGUGUGUUUAAGCUCCCGUUCUUUGUCCUCCUGCAGGAAAAAUGUAGAGCGGCGGGCCUUGCUGGAGAACAUGGAGGGCCUGUUCCUGGCAGUGGAUGAGAUCGUUGAUGGGGGGUAGGUAGAGCACUCAUCUCACCCCAAACCAGGGGUCUCUGGAGCUGUGUAUUCUCCUCUAGUGUGUCCUUUGACUCCCUGACCAAACCAACUUUUCCAUCUAGACUAGAGUACAAUGAUACAAGACAUGGCUGGACAUUCAUGCCUGGAUGCUGUCAAAGACAGACAUCACGCUAUUGGGUAGCCAAGAUAAAGAGGAAGAUCCAUAGAGGAAGACCGGAAGCAAUUCUUUGGCAACCUGGGUCGUUCCACGAAGUGAUUCCCUUUGAUAUUUUAAGUAGAAAUUGUGCACCAAUAUUGACUUUUCAAAGCCUGUUAUAUUAAAUUAAUUACAUUUUAUAUAAAGACUUGCUAAAGUGCUACAAUUCAGCAUUUUGACAUGUCCCUCUGUACACCCUCUGUGACCUAGGAAUAUCUGAACCCACUUAAUCCCAAAACUUCUCCAGGUUUUCACCAUUGUAAAGCCCUAGUUAUUUUGUUGCUUUGAAAAAGUCAUUUCUGAAGAUUAUUAUUUAUUUCACUUGAUUAGUGAUUCAUUUUAAGGGAAAACAAACCUAUCCCUCAUUUAAAGGUAAACCAUGUUAUGUGAACUGAACUCUUUUUAAUAUAAUGACACAAUAAAAACUAAAAACAAUUCAACAUCUAAUAGUCAAAUCAUAGUGUAAAAGCAGGUGAACUGGUUCUAACCCUUUUGGCAAUUUCUGGUGUUUUGUGGUGGAAAACUGAGUGGGUCGAGCAGAACACGCCAACCCUGAUACCAAUAGAUAGACAAGCUAGAAAUGUUUUAACAAUUUACAUUUAUUUGUGAAGCUUGCGUUCAAUUGCCGCUCCCUGUUGCACACAACAUGCUUCCAUUCCGCCUGUCACAAAGUGAUUUAUGGCUGAUUUAAGAUGAAAUCGUCAACUCUGUUACUUUAUUUGACUUUACUAUGGUAAUUAUUUUAUUUAGCCUCUUGAGAUGGGAAAGCAGUUUUUUUUAUUAAGUUGAACAUGUAAUAGAAUGUUAAAAUUGGGUAAAAUAAAACAGUUUUCUUUCACCAAGUUACACUAUACAAAGGGUACUCCUUUCAUGGAAUGACCAACCUACCACAGAUGGAUUUUACCAGUUAAAUACUCUAUUGCAUCAUUUAAGGUUUCUGAGACUGGAUAGGCUCUCAGCCCAAUAUAAAUAAACCAUCCUACUAGUCCAUAGCUAGACGAUACAAUAGCCCCUUGAAGUAAGGUUAUUUAGGGUUAGGGAGGAUGCCCAUUUUGCUUAGCAUUUAGAUGUCAGCCAUUGAGAGUGAUCUGUGCUCUUCUGUCUUCCAGAGUCAUCCUGGAGAGCGACCCUCAGCAGGUGGUGUACCGUGUGGCCCUCCGAGUAAGACCAUUGAUCCUCUUCCUCCUCAGUCAAACACCAUGGUUCUGUUAUCAUCGAGUACUGUGCUGCCCGGAUGUCAACAACAUUAAAUUGAUCUGGACAAUUUCUCCCUCUCUCAUGUUUACAGGGGGAUGAUGUUCCUCUAACAGAACAGACUGUGUCUCAGGUAAUUGCGCUUCUUAUUUACGAGAAUCUCAUAUUACCUAGUAAACCUAACCCUAACUUGUUAAAAUUGUAUACAAUUUAUUUUAGUACUACUAAUAAUUAGGUAAUAAUUAGGUGGGUGCUUACAUUUGUCUUAUUUCACACAUGUACAAGUGUGUAUUAUACACAUGUGAAUUGUAAAUAAUUGUUUUUCCUAUCCCACUCUCCUUGAGACACCCUCGGAGAUUGGGGUCACGGCCAGGGACCAGCCAUUAUUGAGAGCAACCCUGGAGCAAUUAAGGUUAAGUGCCUUGCUCAAGGGCACAUCAACAGAUUUUUUUACCUAGUCGUCUCUGAGAUUUGAACCAGCAACCUUUCAGUUACUGGCCCAAUUGCUUAACCGCUAGGCGACCUGCCACCUGGUAUACUGGAAUUUAAACGUGUAUUUGAUACUAAUGUGAUUUGGAAAUCAGUGAACAACAUGGCUGAGUAAUGACUAGGUGGUUUGUCAGGCUGACAAUCUUAAGCACAUACUGAACCUUUCUUAUGCUUCCCAGCUCUUUUUAUCCUUAAAAUGCCCUCAUUGUUCUGUUAGCUAUUUCUAAAAUAAUUGUAUUUCUCUCCAGCAGUAUAUUAAGCUACUACAUUUAGCUUUAUUGUAAUGAAAAGGGAAGAGAACAGAGGGGAGCGUUCCCAGUUUAGCUGCUAAUGAGGCUCCACUGUUAGCUAGGCGGUGUGUCUCCACACUUGGCAGGCUCUCUGAGCGCUACGCUGAUGGAUGCUCCCAUCUGAGAGGCGUUUUACUGGCUGCAGGUGUCUCCUUCUCCUACUCUGUCCAUUAAUCGUCAUCGCCAACCCUCGGCCCACAUGCCUCAUAAUGGUUACUGAGAGACUAGUCUGCAGAAUUAAAAUGAUUCAGUCAUUGAUGUAUUGUUCCUGUGUGUAGAAGUAUUACUGGUGUCAUCACACCACCACUCUUCCCUCAAAUAUCACAGUAGGAAAGUCCUGGAAGCUUCCUUCAUUGUUUCAUACUGUAUAUAUUUUUUCUACCUGUAGUUGGAUUUUGAGGUGAUGGACAUUUACCUAACUAUAGAUUUGUCCCUUGUUAUGUGUGUUGCUAACAGCUUUCAUCUGCUAUAAACAGUAUUAGAGGGACACUUAACCAAACUGAGUUCUCCUCACUCUGUUUUUCUCUUAUUUCUCUCUUUCAGGUGCUUCAGUCUGCAAAAGAACAGAUCAAGUGGUCCCUACUGCGAUAGGAGAGUUGUCUCUGCUGUCACAUACGCACCUACCAACACUCACUCACCUGAUGACAUCAUUCCUCUUCCUAUCCAUGUGUGUCCCAGAGAUCAUUGCACUGAAGUCUUCUGAUUGAGCCACCAAUCAGAACCAGCCAGGCCUACUGUGGCAUUUUCUAUCCUCCAUUUCCUGUCUUGAUUAUCCAUUCCCAUUUGGUGGAAGAUCGAGAGCUCUUAUCGCCCAGGCAACAUGAUUUUUAGUUUUUUUGUGACUCAACUCCACACAUCCUUACUGUCUCUCUAGCUAUUGGUGAUUCCAACCUUUUCUAUUACAGUACAAACAAAUGUGAUCUGACCAGUAUGAAUCACCCAUGAUUGACCUAUUCCUCUGGGAUUUUGCCUAUUUUAGUGGGCAUGGUGUAGUAGCUGUUAGCGUGUUAAUAAUUGUAUGGUAUAUGAAACAUGGCUAUUAGUAAAACACUGAGCCAUCUCCUUGCCGUGCUCCUGUCUCUUUGUACACAACCUUCAUUAGAGAUUCCACUCAAUGUGGCAACUUUUUGCUUGUGUAGAUGUGCAUGAAGCAUACAUUCUGUGAUUUAAAUGUGAUAAUUACAUUGAUAUGCAGGUUUUCUUUACAUUGUAUUUCUGUUGUCGUUGUGAAAAGAACUUGGAUCAAAUAAACUUUAUUUAAACCAGAAAACA